GACGUUUCGUUUCGGAGAUAGCGCUAGUCAGGGCAAAACAUCGUGGUCCAUUGUGGUAUUUCCAUAUAUGUUCUAAGGAUUUUUGGUGAAUGUUUGUUUUUAGUGACGUUAAAGAUUAAUAGUGAUAGUUUGCGACAAUUAUUAUAAACAUUUUUAUGCCGGACAGCCUUCAAGACCUGUUGUUUUAUGUGAUAUUUGUUUAAAAAUGGUUGAAUCUUGCAGUGCGGUGAAUUGUUGCAAUAGACGCAGAAUAGAGGUGAAAAUGAAGUUUCACAGGACACCUACAGAUCCUAACAUGAGGAAGUUGUGAUUACAUGCUAUAAGAAGAGAAAACUUUACUCCCAGUACAACAACAGUAAUUUGUGAAAAGCAUUUCACUCCAGAGGAUUAUGAAGUUAGUGUUCAUGGAAAUAAGGUACUAAAAAAGGUGCCAGUUCCAUCUGUGUUUGAUUUUCCAGCCCAUCUCAAGAAAGAACCUAGCCAUCGAAGGGUUUUGAAAAGAAAACAUGAAGAAUCCAACUCAAAAGCAACAGAACAAACUUUGGCUAUUUGUGAAGUAGUAGAAGAACCUGAAAAUGGCGAUCAUGCUGAGGAUGGAAAUAUAUUGGCAGCUGGUCCUUCAAACGUUACACAAAAUCUAGUAUUUUUAGAAUCAAGUGAACCUUCAAACAUAUGCAAUUUAAGGGUCAGAAGAUCACCAGUAUACUUUGAGGAUUUCAAAAUCUCUGAUUUAAAUAAUGUGCAGUGUUGGAAGAGAUUUUGGAAAACUGCUCAUGAAACUGUUCAUAAGUACAAAAAAAUUAACAAGUACAAUCAGUGUAAAAUUUGUAGACAAAGAAAUAAAAUAAAAAGUCUGAAUAGUCUGGUAGAUGAACUACUUAAGGAGAAGAGAAUAUCAAUAGUAUUUAAGGAAAGUCUCCCAGAAACCCAAAAGCAACUGCUUUUCAGGCAGUUGAAAAAAGGAAAAUCUAACAAGUAUAGCCCAGAAUUAAGGUGUUCUGCACUAACAUUAAUUUUUAUUCAUCAUCAGCAUACAACUAUGUUAGAAAAAUAUUUGGAAAAAAUGUUCUACCACAAUUUUUAUAUCUUCAAAUGUGUAAAGGAGAAUUUAUUGUCAAGUUUUAUACAUAUGUAUAUAUAAAUAAAUAAAC